GCUCUUCUUCUUUUUCUCCCUGACAAGCCCCUCCCCAACCGCCGACUUCCUCCUUGAAAAUUGGUGACAAAGCUUGGAUAUUUUCCCGUCUUUCUUGUGCAAGAACAAGCUAUGGGACUUAGAACCCUCCCUCUAAAGCUGGAAACUGCCGAUCUGCUCUGUUCUUCCUUCCCGUCGGCAAGCUGUUGUGGGUGUGUGGGUGUGAAAUUUUAGGUCUUUUCGAAUUGCCGCCGCCUCUUCCCCCUGCCAGGUCCGGUUCUGCAGCUGGAAAAAUUCUGGAAGCGAAGUCAAAGACAAGGAAAAACGAGGGGAGUGACGAGUUAGAAGGUUAGCCAUUUGUAAUCGGAUAUAAGUUUUAGAUAUUAUCAUUCUUUUGUAAGAUAGAUUUUUCCUUGAGAUUUUAUGGUAUCAAAAUAGAUUUUGUGGAAUGGUUAAGUUUCGAGUCUUGUGCACUUGUGGGACCCGUCUUAUAAGUGUACGGCAUCUUAUACCCUCGUAUUUGGGUUUUGGGGCGUGACAUAAACUAUAAAAACUAAAGGUGAGU